AUGUCUUCUCAAUCUUUUCUGAUGAAUGUUAAUAGGGUAAUGUCGCAAAAUAUAUUAGAAAACGUUGAAGUCAAGCCGCCUUUAUCAAAACAAAAAAUAAUGUCUUACGAGGAGAAAUCAGUAGGCUCUACAGCAUUUUUUAAAUGUGAAGCAUGUCCAUAUAUGGCCUUUGCAGAAGAUGAUAUUAAAUUUCACUUGUUUACUGUACAUCCAGAUCUCGCAAAACGCAAUGGCCUUGCUGAUAACAUUCAGAUACCUUGUCCGGGCUGUACAAGUAUAUUUGAUGCUGAAGAAACUCUUAGGACUCAUCUACGUAAUCAUCACAAAAUGGGGAUAAAGGAUGUUAAAAAGAUGGUCAAAAGUUUGGUUCAAAUUGCUCUUAAAGAUGCUAAAUUAAAAAAAGAAAUUAAUCUAAAUGAUACCUCUGUCCAGCAACAUCAAGAAAUAGCUGAAGUCAAAAUCCCACAAGUAAUUGAAAUAGUACCAGACAUAGUUAAUGCUAAUAAUGAACAAUUGCCCAAAGGUGUAGCUUUUAUAUCUGUUGAUGAAUUGCAUAAAAUGAGUACACCAAAUUUUGAAAAAGUGGAUCCUAAAGAAGUUAUUCAAGAAGCAAGUAUAAAUAUUGUAUAUACAAAUGAUGUUUCAACUCAAUAUGUAAAUGUAUCUAAUGCAGGAGCUUCUAUGAAUUCUUGUAAUUUAAUUCAAAUGUCUAGUGUCCCCCCAGAUUUGAUAUCAUCAAUAACUCGAAUUCCAUCUGUAAUAGACACUAACUUAUCACCACAGGCAAAAGAAAGUGAUUCUUCCAAUAUUAAUUCCCAAACAAAACAAAAGCGAAAAAUAUUAGGCACCCAAAAAUCAAAACUGGACUCCAAUCCUGAGGAAAAAGGAGAACUGUGUUCAAUAAUGAACUGCCGUAUUCGGCUUAAAGAUGCAAAUAAUUUAUCCUAUCAUAGAAAAUGUCAUCAAAACGGCACAUUUCAAUGCCCUGAAUGUGCAAAGUGGUUUUCAUCAUCAGACCAGCUUCACACUCAUCUUUGGAAAUUACAUAGUGUUGACCUUGAGCUGCCAACUUGUGAAGUUUGUGGCUACAAAACAUUUACAAGGCAUAGAUUAUUAAACAUACAUAUGAAAUGUCAUGAUGUUAUUAGAAGUUAUGGAUGUUCAGUGUGUCAAAAGAAAUUUAAGAAUGCUAAUCAGUUAUCUAAGCACAAAAUGAUACACAAAGCCAAAAAAGAUUCAGUACAAUGUCACAUCUGUCACCGAGGCUUUGCUAAUGAAAGACAAGUGCGAAAACAUAUAGCAACAAUACACGAAAAAUUGAAGCCAUACAAAUGUUAUAAUUGUGAUUAUAGUGCAGCGAGGAAAGAGCAACUUAAACUUCAUUUGAGGUCACACACAGGAGACAAACCAUAUGCCUGUGAUCAAUGCAGCUACUGCUCAGGAGACCAUAACGCACUCCGCAGACACAAAAAGCAACAUUCCAAAGAAGGUGUAUACAAAUGUAAAUACUGUCCUUACACUGCAAUACAAUCCACCGUAUUUACUUUCCACAUGAUCUCAAAACAUCCAAAUCUUAAGUCUGAUGACGUUCACUGCUGCCCCUAUUGCCCAUUUAAAUCUGUCAAUAAAGAAAAAUAUGUCACUCAUCUCUCAAGUCAUAGAGAUAAGGAGGGUAUAAAAUUGCUCAUAGAAAUGAAUAAGGGACCAAAAACGAACAAGCCUAGUUGGACGAUACCAAGCGAAUCAGAAAAAUCAAAGGAAAUCCAAAAUGUAACAAAUGAACAAAACAACGAUGUCAACCCCAAAACGGUCAACACUAUUCCUAUAGAAGUAUAUGACUGUGAUAGCUUACCUGAAACUAUGCCACAAGAAUAUCCAAAAAAUUAUUGCACAACUUCAUCUAACGACGUUCAACAAUCGAGCUUUGAUACGGAAGUUGUAACGGAUUUGAGUAAAGACGACAAUAAUUCCGACUGCCUUAUUUCCGAAACCUUCAACAUUCAAGAUAGGCACCAAUACCCCUCCCAACAUCCUUUGCAAAUGCCGUACGACACAUCUCAAACAAACCUACAUUUCCUCAAUCCCACCGUAUCGAUAGAUCAAAAUCUUUUACAAAACAAUAGCGUAAAUUCCUUAGCGUCUAAUCACUCGCCGAUAAGUAACAGUAUAAGCAGUAACAUCAUGAGCAACUUCCCUAUCCGAUUACCCCCUUCUCGUAUAUCAGUGCGCAACAAUAUAACCCUGAAACCAGUUGAUAAGAUUUCCGUGCCCACGACCAAAAUGACCGGUCCUAUUAUAAAUCAAAUGCAAAUACUACCCAUUCCAUCUUCAAGCCAUUCCCCAAUCAAUAUUUCUAACGAGCCGGAAGGGGUGCCGAGAAAAAAGCCAAAGAUAUCCGUCAAAAGUAAUCUAAUAUUAAAAGGUCCGGACCAAGUCAACAUGUUCCAUUCUCAGCAAAAAAUGGCGUUUAAACGGUUAGAAGAUAACGAGAGAUAUGGUCUCAGUGGUCCUGUGACAUUUAAUAAUUUAAUAACAACUCAGUUCAUGCAGCUGCAGCCGGAACCUGCUAUGAGCGAGUCUCCCAGCAACAUCAUGAAAUAUCCGCAAGACAAUAUGUUAGGGGAGUCGGCGACCACGCCUGUAGAUAACGAAAUGACUAACAGUCCUCAAAUAUUCUCUUUCAAUCAACAAAUGAACGUAAACUCCAUGACAAUGCUGGAGCCCCCACAAAAAAUACAAGCGAACGAUCCCAGUUAUAUCAAACUAGAAGCAACUAUAAAACAAAAUACACAAUCGCCGAGCUUAGAAAGAAUGUGUAAUGCAAACUUAUUGAAUAACCAAGCUAUUAGUAGAGAAUACAAAGCGUCGCCUCCUCUAGAGGAUAUUCAUAAAAAUAUGAAUGAAAUAAAAAACGAAGUGAAAUCUGACGCGUUUUACAAUAUGACUUUAAACAAUUCAACGACAAACCCUCCCAUAAUCGAUCAGUAUAUGAUUGAUAAUAUAAUUCCAGAGCAAUAUCCCGCUCACUUAGAUUUAUCCACAGUUGUUUUACCGGAAGUCAACCAGCAAAAUGACGUCAUAGAAAUAGAUGAUAAUUCUGACGAUAACAAACUAUUACCUCGUUUUGAUAUGAACUUUUCCCUCGAAUCUCUCUAUUUGAUGCACAACGACUUCCACUUCUUAGACAACGACGUUCCAAAUAACAAUAUGCCUUCCGAACCUGUCAAUGAAAUGAACAGAAUGGUGGCAGAAGUCCCUAUAAUAAGUCAAAAAGAUAAUGUAGACGUUGUAUCCGUAGAAACGACUAAUGACUGCCAAAACUUUAUCCAGGGCAAAAAAGACCCCAUGAUGAACACCUCAGUUCGACCUUCGACUAACAAAAUAAAUGUUAAAAAUAUAGAAUUAAUGAAGAAU